AGUGCCCCUUCAUUUCUUCAGCACACUCUUUUUCUCCGUGAACAACCCCAUCAUUAGCAUACGUUCACUGCCUUGAUUCAACCUAAACCCUCUACUUUGUUGAGCUUUAAAACCCGCUUGGCAUCAACAGUUAUCCAAACGCCAUGGGAACAAAGGAAACCAAGGCUAAAAAACCCAAGGACGACGGGGUUGGUCAGAAGCCACUCACCGAGGACAAUCUCGAAAGUCACAAUGAGCUCCUGAAUCGUCAACCUCCCACUGAGCGAGUCCUCUCGUGGGCAGAGCAGAUCAUCGCAGAAGAACGGACUCAUCAGUUCCAUGCGCAGUUGACCGCCUCAGUUGCCAACAUGCAGACUGAAGGCACUAAUAUGGAGCUGGACCUCGGACAUAUCGAUCAGCAGAUCUCCGCCGCCACCACCACUGGGAAGCUGGAUCAAACCGUAGGCAGUCUGAAGCUCUUCGAACAGCGUCCUUCCGCAUGCCUUGAGACUCCGCUAGAGCGUUUUCUCACACCGGGAAGCAGCGACCCCAGCUAUUUCCAUCAGCCCGCUCUAGCACACAUGGGGAUUCAGUUCGGAAGUAUGGAGGGGGCUGCAGAGAGAAGGGAUAUCGCACGUGCCAAUGCGGAGGUGGCUCGGGAUCGGGCUUAUGGAGCACAGGAGAAGCACCCUUAAGUUGUCUUGUAUGUGACUUUUGAUUGGACAGAUGGUGGGUUUGUACACUUAGAUCCUUGACAGCCGUUUUGUUAUCUCUUUUUGCGAAUGCGCUGGGUUGAGUUGAGAUCAGGUGUUACUUGUCGGCUUGCAAGGCUUUCUUCACUUUAAAGAUAAUGAUAGUACGAUAAUAAUACUACUAGUACUAAUAAUAAGC